UUCAGUCCAAUAAUUCAAUCCAAUCUCUUCAAAUACUACCCCGUUUCUCCUCCUUCUCCUCGAUCCAUCCCAACUUAUCAAACACCAUCUCAAGGGUCGCAUCCAAAAACACCAUCUCAAGAGAGAGGGUAGCCGCCAUUCAAGCAACCAUGAGGACCUGCAACCUCCUCCUCCUCCUCGUUGUCGCCGGGAUCGCCGUGGUUUACCCCGUUGCCACAUCCGCGGAGGAAUUUUGGUACCCGAUCGACGUCAACGACCCGCACGUCCAGGAGCUGGGCAAAUGGGCGGUGAUCGAGCACGUCAAGAAGGCGCACGAUGGACUCACGUUUAGCAAGGUGACGAGAGGCGAGGAGCAGGACGUGGGCGGCGUGAAGUAUCGCCUCUCCAUCGAAGCAGUGCAGGGCAGUGGCACGGUUGGCAAAUACAGCACUGUGUUGAUCGAGGAGCCUAGGAGCAAGACGCGCAAUCUCAUCUCCUUCGCUCCGGCUGCCAACUAGAGUGCUGACCAGCUGGUGUGCAUGGCAGUGGCUAGUUAAAUUGCAAAAUUGCAGUUAUUGUUUUUUAUGUAAUAAUUAGACAUGUUUUGAUGG